AUGCUUUCGUCAGCUAAUGUAGUUAGCAGGAAAAAAUUGAAAGGGGCAGGGUUAACUUUGGAAGUUCACAAUACCCACUACCACGUGCACUCUGAAAAUAAAAAGAUGCUUUAUGUUAAUGCAGACAGAUCACUGUCACUGCAAUGCACCCAUGUAAUCAUACCGACAUCAACAGAAGAGACGAAAGACGACAAUGUCAUUUGUAGCACUGGAGCUAUGAGUGGCCUAGCAAAACUGUUGUUGGUGUGGUUCAUGGGAGCAAGAAAGUCGGUAGAUUUUCUGAGUGCUGCAACCCAGUAUUGCCCUUCUGGAACAUAUGGAGCUGGAUGUACACAGACAUGUCACUGUACCAAUGGAUGUAAUACAAAAGGGGAAUGUAUUAGUAGUCCUGGUGUUUGUGAUACAGGAUGGAGUGGUAAUAGGUGUAAAGUACCAUCUUCUUGUCCUUCUGGUUUUUAUGGCACAUUAUGUAAUUAUAAUUGUCAUUGUAAAAACAAUGCAGCAUGUGAUAAGAACACUGGUUUUUGUAUUAAUGGAGAUUGUGCACCAGAAUGGAUAAAUCUAGAUACUAUAGAUUCUGAUUGUCAACAAGCAUGUGAUAAGAUUACUGGUGUUUGUCCAAAUGGAGAUUGUUCACCAGGAUGGAUAAAUCUAGAUACUAUAGAUUCUGAUUGUCAACAAGCAUGUGAUAAGAACACUGGUGUUUGUCCAAAUGGAGAAUGUGCACCAGGAUGGAUAAAUCUAGAUACUAUAGAUUCUGAUUGUCAACAAGGUUUGUAUGCCAAAUCACUGGAUUAUAUGAAUGCAGCAUAUGAUAAGAACACUGGUGUUUGUAUAUAUGGAGAUUGUGCAACAGGAUGGAUAAAUCUCGAUACUAUAGAUUCUGAUUGUCAACAAGCAUGUGAUAAGAACAAUGGUGUUUGUCCAAAUGGAGAUUGUGUACCAGGAUGGAUAAAUCUAGAUACUAUAGAUUCUUAUUGUCAACAAGUAAAUCCCGGCGAAGUUACCAACUUCUACUGUGAAGUCAGUGGUAAUCCUGUUUUUGACUCUAAUGACUUAAAGAUAUGGAAAUCUGGUACAAGUAACUAUCUGACUCUAACCAAUACAGGAAGUAGUAAAUAUAUUAUCUUUGGCAAUUCUACCAGUGUUGUUGUAGAUAGUGGUGAUAUGUACUCCUGUGGUAAUUCAAUUGGAUUUUUAGGAUCGACCAGUGUGCAGUUUUAUGGCCUACCUAGAUUUAGUGACACCAACAAGCCAGAUAUAGAUGUAAGUUUUGACAAGCUCACUGUGACCUGGAACAAAUGGACUACUGAUGAUAUUGGAGAUGGUCCAGUUGAAUCUCACAAAUUAUACUACAGAGAGAGUGAUGAGAAUGACUGGAUAUCAGGUCAAGUUAUACCAGUCAGUGAUUCAAGUCAGAUGAGUUAUACAUCAACCAUUAAAGGAUUACAGUGGUCUACUCAAUAUGAAAUUACAGUGAUUGUUAAAAGACCGGGUCCACUUGGCGAAGGAAGUAAAGACACUACUAUUAUAGGAACUACACUGUGUGCAACCUCACAAGAACCAACAAUUAUGAAUGUAUUUUCACCUGAGUUGAAACAACUCGAAGUUCAUGUUCAGAUUCCUGAUAGUAGUGAUAUAAAGUGUAAAAAAGAUGGUGUGGAUGGUUACAUUGAUUACAUUGAAGUGAAGUAUAGAAAGGCAGGUACAGAGGAUGAAUAUGAGAUUGGAAAGAUAGAAAUUUAUCAGGAAACUGUCAUGGGUACAAAAGUUAUCCCAUUUACUGCUGAAUCAUUACUACCAUACACAGAGUAUGAAGUCAUUGCUCUGCUUAGAAAUGCUGAUGCUACAAGUCCACCAAGUAAUUCAGUGAUCGUUAUAUCACAUGAGGAUGUUCCUUCUAGGCCUAGAAAUGUAACACUACAACCAGCAGUGUACGCAAUUACUGUUACAUGGUUAGAACCAGACCCACCCAAUGGAAUAAUAACAGCUUAUAAAAUAACAUAUUGGAAAACAGGUGAUGAAAGUACAAAAAAAGAUAUAUUGGUAGAUAAUGGUAGUGCACAUGAACUCAAUAUCUAUAAUCUGGAUUACGAAGUUAACUAUACUAUAAUAGUGUCUGCAUCUACUAUUGUUGGGGAAGGUGAAUACAGUACCGAAAUGAAUACAAAAACAUCGGAAACAAUUCCUCGUGAACCUGCCAUCAUUGAUGUACAAAGAACAACUGAAAACAGCAUCAGAUUCACAUGGACAGAUCCUACCAUAUUUUGUGGUGAUAUUUUACAAUAUAGAAUAACAUAUAGAUCAACUGCAUCUGUGUAUUCAACAACCGUGUUGGAAUCUAAGGAUAUACUCGUUGAGGGCGAUAUUAAUACAUACACUCUAGGAGAAUUACCAAGAGGAACACAGUUUGAAAUAUCAGUGAGUGCAAGUACAUCAAAAGGAUUUGGUAAACCUAAUUCAAUUAUCUCUGGAACUACAAUUGUCACUGGUUCAGGCGGUGGCUGUUCAUAUCUUUCAACCUUAGGCUUGUGUACGGAAUCGGAAUCGUCAAUUACGAUGGCUGAAGUACUUGCUUUCGGUAGUGGAGGAUGGAAAGCAUUAUCUGAAGAGAGUUACUUGUUCGUUUAUAUGUUCUCAACUCAUCAUCCGAUCUGUGACCAGUGCGUUCUUUGA